UCUGUGAUCAUCCUUGCCUUCCGAGAAGAACGUACGAUGGAGGAGGAGAGGAGAGCCUGGGAGUUUUGGCACGGGAGACAGCACAGUUACAAACAGAGGAUUCUCGACAUUGGUCGUAAGAAGGUAGAGGAAGUAUUCCACGAGCCUUGUGAAAGGUCCGAGUUCUAUUCCAUGGGCGACCUAUUGACACCCCCUGUGUUCUUCAACCCAGCUCAUGAAAACUCCGAGUUCAUGCACAAAUCUCUUACCUUGGGCGUUGUGCCAUCUCAAGACGAAGAAAUUUCUAGUCCUCCUGUAUGUCCGAGAGAGACACGAACAAGCUUACACAGCUCUGAUGUUGGAGGUCCCCACCAUGUCAGGCCUGCUUAGAUCUAUCGAGCAGAAGUUUUCAAUUCCGCCCUCAAAAGUCAAAAACUUGUAUAAGAAAUCAAGAAAGGGCAUCCUGGUCAAGCUCGACGACAACAUCGUCCGCCAUUAUUCUCACGAGGCCACUUUCAUCAUAGAGAUGAACCAAAUGAAUGAGGAGCGAGACUUCGAGAUUAUUCUCAUUGAGAUAGAAUCCUCCUAGCAGCGGCAGGCAGCAUCAAUGUUCUUAUCAUGUAUCAACAUCAAUGUUCUUAUGCACGGCUGUAGUAAUAUUGGCCAACCAACGUCAAUGUCAUUCUUAUGACGUUGCUGGAAUAUUGGGAAAUAUCAGUGUUAGUAUGAUACCACUGAAAUAAUAAUAAUAAUAACAAUAAAUGACAUUUAUGUAGCGCUCAACCCCGAUUAAAGUACACAGGCUCUG